AUGGCGGUGCGGCACGGCGCCGCUGCUUUUGCCGUCAUCCGCGACGACCAGCUCCACCCCUUCCUGGGAGGCAACAAGUUGCGCAAGCUGGAUGGGCUGUGGGCCUCCCUGGCGCCCGCCGCCGACGUGAUCACCUGCGGCGGCCUGCAGAGCGCGCACACCGUGGCGGUGGCCGCCGCCUGCGCCCAGCACGGCAAGCGGUGCCACCUGCUGGUGCGGGGCGAGCGGCCGGCAGUGCCCACGGGGCACCACCUGUAUGCCCGCCUCUUUGCCCACCAUGUGGAGUAUGUGAGCAGAGCCCAAUAUGCCGACCGGGAGGCCAUGAUUGCUGGAUACCUGCAGCGCCUGCAGCAGGAGCAGCAGGAGCAGGCGCAGCAGGCUCCCACCAGCAUCGCAGCAGCGGCAGUAGGUGCGUGGAGAGGGGACGUACCAGCAGCAGUAGCAGCAGCAGCAGAGGCUUCAGCGGCAGUUCUAGAGGCAGAAGCAGCAGCAUCCCGCAGCACCAGCACCGGAAGCAGCAGCGGGCGCAUCGCUGUCUUGCCCGAGGGCGGCGCCAGUGCUGGCGCCCUCCUGGGCCUCAUCCGCCUGGGGGCCUGGCUGGCGGAGCACCCGCAGCUGGCGGACAGGCGCUGCAACAUCGUUGUGGACAGCGGCACAGGCGCCACUGCCACGGGCCUGGCGCUGGGUGCGGCGCUGCUGGGGCUGCCCUGGAGGGUGACGGGCGUCAUGCUGGCUGCACCGCUCGAGUACUACCUGUCUCAGCAGCGGAGCCUCACAGCUGCGUUCUGUGCGGAGCACGGCAUGGACGCCGCCGCGGCGCAGCAGGGCACAGCAGGCAGGCUGGCCUGGGUGCAGCGCCCGGCACCGCGCCAGUUUGGAAAGGUGCUGGCGGGAGAGGUGGCGGCGUGCCGGGCGGUGGCGCAGCAGCAUGGGAUCGUGCUGGACCCGAUUUGGAGCCUGGCGGCCUGGGAGGUGUGCCGGCUGGUUGCAGAGGCAGCACCAGAAAGUGGCAGCGGCAGCGUGGCGGACAGCAGCAGUGAUGGUGGCCGCAACAGCACCAGCAGCAGUGGCGCCUGGGGAGGAACAGCUGGGCGGCAGGGGGGUGAGCUGGCGGUGAUGCUGCACACGGGCGGCAUGCUGGGGCUGUGCGGCCUGGCGCAGCGCCGCCCCCACGAAUUCUGA